AUGAAAAUAUCAACAGUUCACGCAAUUACGACUGUGGAGUCAAUAUUAGUCCCAAAUCCCGGCCCUCUGUCAUACUGUCUUUUUCUUUCCUUCUGGUCCACGAGAUGCGACUGGGACAUAGGUGCGGAUCGAUUAUUUAGGAAAAAGUUGGCCGGGCCGCAUUGAAACUUAACUAAAGCUAACCUUAUUCAUC